GGAGCUGGCCCUCUCAUUCACCCCCCUUCCUCUCUUUAUUUAUAACAAAGAAUCAUCCAUCAUUACCACUAUCAUGAAACAAGCUCUUUUAUUGACAAUUCUUUUUGCCAUGACUUUAUUGGCAUUGACAUCAGCUGCACCUCUUGAAAAGCGAUUGAAAAGCUGUUAUAAACAUGCCACUUUAACUCAAUAUUGGAUUCCAAAACAAGGUGAUAAGGAUAUGCUGAACAAUGGGAAAACAGUGACUCUUUCUGGACCCAAGAACAAAGCACUGAAAACCAAAAAAGGAAAAACCAUUGCAAAGGUUUCAAAGACAACAUAUGAAAAAUUUCAAAUGGAAGGUACUGGCUUACUUGAGAAUGGAAUCAUGGUCAAUUUAGAUUCUGGAAAGGAUACAUUUCUUGAAGUCAAUCGAAAAAAAGCACCUUAUGGAUUAGGUUCCGAUGAUGAUAAUGCUUUAGUACCUUGGGUUAGUGUUGCUUCCAAUGAUCUCAAGAUAGGCACUACUUUAUAUAUCAAACAAUUAGAUGGUCUUCGACUUCCUGAUGGUAAAAGACAUAAUGGAUGUGUCCGUGUAGAUGAUGAAGGUUGGAGCUUUGAUGAUUGUCAAUUGGAUUUCUAUGUCUUACAAUUCUCAGCUUAUCAAAAAUUGGAUCAUACUAUUCCUGAUAAGGUCUCUGUUCAACAAAAGAAAUGCAAGGUCUUGUCUUAUGUUACAACAAAAGUCAAAUCUUGGGCUGAAUUGAACAAAUGAAAAAUGAUGUCUCCACCCCCCUUUCUUUUUUGUAUAUUUGCUGUAUCACUAGUUUAAGUCAUUGAACAAAAUAAAAAAAAAAAUUCAUUUCUC